AUGAGUCAGCCGAAAAGAAAUAAUAUUCUGAAGUCGAUUAGGAUCAGAAUCGAACUAGCAUAUAAUGGAUCUAGGGAAGAUCUGGAUCCCUACGUGCCUGCGGACCACAGACCGUUGGAAUCAAAUACAUCGAGCUUCGGAGCGCUGGCACAUUUGUUAAAAGCAUCUUUGGGGUCAGGAGUCCUGGCAAUGCCACUUGCUUUCAAGAACGCUGGUCUCCUGGUUGGUGUCAUCGGAACUAUGGUCAUUGGCUUCGUUUGUGCUCAUGUCAUCCAUGUUUUGGUUAAAACGUCGCAACAGCUUUGUGUUGAAAUCAAAAAGCCGUGCUUGGGAUAUGCGGACACAUGCGAUUUGGUGUUCCAAAAUGGACCCAAACCUGUCAGAAAAUACGCACCCUAUGCCAGGGAGCUGGCGGACUGGGCGCUGGCUGUGACACACUUAGGCGCCUGCUGCGUCUAUAUCGUUGUAGUUGCAGAGUCGUUUAAACAGGUGUCAGAUGUCUACGGCGGUCCAAGUUGGUCAGUGACAGCGUUCUGUGCCUUGACGCUAGUUAUACUAAUACCGUUGACACAAAUAACAAAACUGAAAUAUUUAGUGCCAUUCUCAGCGUUAGCGAACUUUGUUUGGCUGACUUCUAUUUGUAUAUCUAUAUACUACUGCCUAAGAUCACCCCCACCACUGUCAUCAAGAAACCUGGCUACGUCAAUAUCUGGACUACCUAAUUUUAUAAGCACAAGCCUGUUCGCGAUGGAGGGCAUAGGUGUGGUUAUGCCAAUAGAAAAUGAAAUGAUCAAACCGCAACAGUUUCUAGGCUGCCCAGGCGUGCUUAACACUGCUAUGAGCGCAGUCGUAGCUUUGUACGCCUUUGUCGGAUUCAGUGGAUAUUUGAACUUUGGAGAUGAAGCCCGAGGCAGUCUAACGCUUAAUUUACCGCAAGACGAAAUAUUAGCACAAGUCGCAAAAAUUUUGGUGGCAUGUGUGAUGAUAUUGUCAUACGCUCUUAUAUUCUACGUACCGGUUGAUGUGAUUUGGAGGAGAAUCAAAAAUAAAAUCCCCGCUAGAAGUCAUCGAUGGGGAUUAUCUGGAUUGAGGCUGGCUGGGACACUUUUUACAGUGGGCCUGGCCUGCGCUAUCCCAAGAUUGGAACUCUUUAUGGAAUUAGUGGGUGCUGUAUGUCUAUCUAUCAUGGGUCUCUCGCUCCCAGCCAUCGUGGAAACUGUAUGGCGAUGGGGCAAGGACCUGGGACCCUACAAAUGGAUCUUAUGGAAGAACUGCAUUAUAGUAUUAUUUUCAUUAGUAGCGCUAGUAUCCGGAGUAACAUUUUCCAUUAAAACUAUGAUUGAUAAUUUGUGAUACUUAUAAUUUAUAAAUUUGUAAAUAGAUUUUAAUUUUAUUACA